AUGGCCAAACUCGUCUCUGUGGUGGUCAUCGGCGGCUCGCACGCUGGCCUUGCAGUAAGCCAGAAGCUGCUCCGGCAGACGGCGCGAGCAAAAAUCACCCUCAUCAACCCUUCGGAUGAAUACUACUUCAACAUCGCCGCACCGCGCUUCCUUGUCAAGCCCAAGAGCCUGCCACCGAGCAGGUACCUGUACUCCAUCCCCGACGCGUUCCGCGACUACCCAGCGGACAGAUUCACCUUCAUCAAGGGCUUGGUGACCGAGAUUGACUACGCGACCAAAUCCGUCUCCGUUACCCUGGCCAUGAAUUCUGCUGGGGCUACUACUACUCCUCCCACUGCGGCGUCGUUUGGCUUCGAUUACCUCGUGAUUGCAUCUGGAAGUACGACGCCUGCGACGCUUGGGCAGGCAGGGGUGCGACUCCCAUUCAAACCGACAGCCUUUGAGGAUACCAGGAAAGCAAUACACGAGGCGCAGGAGAAGCUCAGCGCCGCGCAGCGGAUCCUUAUCGGUGGUGGGGGGCCCCUCGGUGUCGAAAUCGCCGGGGAACUAGCCGAGGCAGCGGGUCCUAAGAAGGUCACCGUGGUGUCCCGGACUAGCGUGCUGUUGGAGGGGGCGACUGCCCCUGUGCAGAGAACCGCGUUAUCGCUCCUCCACCGGCGCAAUGUCGAUGUCCUGACCGGGGUCACGGUCGUCGACGCGGUGUACGAGGCUCACACCCAGACCUGGACGGUGAAGCUGUCCACGGGGCGCACGUAUACCGUUGAUGCCUAUAUCGCUACAACGGGCACCAUACCAAAUAACGCCUUUAUCCCAAAGAGCUUUCUAAAUGCGCAGGGCUGGGUCAAUGUUGAUAAGGAGCUCCGCGUCCUUGACAAUGGAGUCAGCCGGAGUGACACCUAUGCUAUCGGGGACAUUACCAGUUAUCCGUACCGACUGCUCUCGCGAGUGCCUCUUCAGGGAGAAACUGUGGCAGCCAACAUUGUGGGGGCGAUUGAGCAAAAGGGGCAGGUUGCCACGUACUCGGCAAAGGCACAAAAGAAGAUGAUGGUCGUCCCUGUGGGGCAGUCGACGGGGACGGGACACCUUGGGGACUGGACGCUGUUUGGAUGCCUGGUGUGGUUCUUCAAGGGUAAGGACUUUUUGACGUACAAGGGGCCUAAGUUUCUGCUAGGGCAGUCGAGUUGA